AAGUAAAUUCCUUAAUGCAAAUUUUUAUAUUUAUCAGAAUAUAUGCUUAUUCAAUUAAUAAAAAAAUUAACGUAAUCUAUGAAAAUUAUUACGUAAUUUAAAUUUGUUAAUUUUUUAUUUUUAUAAAUCCCUCCUAAAUUCCCCCGAAAAGUCUAACUUCCAAAAUUACCCUUCCCUUGCUACUUCUCCCUGCUCCAGAUAAAUUCCCCACUCCUUUGAUCUCAUCUUCUUCCAUGCAAUCUCUAUAUUCCUCUUUAUCUGUUUCUAUAUUAACCUUGCUCCCGUCGAGUCGGCGGUGAUUCGCCUGAGUCAUUCACCAUGACUCGACGGUGCUCGCAUUGCAGCAACAACGGCCACAACUCCCGCACCUGCCCCGUGCGCUCCUCUGGCGCCUCGUCUACGUCUGCUUCUUCCGCCGUCGGAGUCAGGCUCUUCGGUGUUAGACUCACUGAUGGUUCCAUUAUCAAGAAGAGUGCUAGCAUGGGCAACUUGUCGGCGCACUAUCACUCCUCUUCAUCAGCCGCCGCUUCACCCAAUCCUGACUCUCCCUCAUCGGAUCACGUCCGCGAUUCAGGGAACGUUCCUGAAGGGUAUUUGUCUGAUGACCCGGUCCAUGCUAGCAGCUCCACCAAUCGACGCGGAGAGAGAAAGAAAGGUGUCCCAUGGACAGAAGAGGAGCAUCGGCUAUUCUUGGUUGGUCUUCAAAAAUUGGGGAAAGGAGAUUGGCGCGGAAUAGCUAGAAACUAUGUAGUGUCUAGAACUCCUACCCAGGUGGCAAGCCAUGCUCAGAAGUAUUUCAUCCGCCAGAGCAAUUCCACACGAAGAAAGAGGCGCUCCAGCCUCUUUGACAUGGUUGCAGACAUGGCAACAGAACCACAGACGGUUCCAGAAGACCAGGAAUUGCCAUCUUUUCAUUUAAGAGAAAGGGAUAAUGCAGAUUCACUGCCUUCACUGAACCUCUCUCUUAAGCCAGAAUAUGAACCCAUGGAAACAACAACUGAUGAACCAGGAAAAGAACCUGAUGACACAGUGACAGAUUCCAGUGAAUCCAAACAAACUGUUCCGAAGUUAAGUGCAUUCAACCCAACUGUCCCUCCAUUAAAAGACUUUACACAAGAUGUUCCUGGGUUCUACUCGGCUUAUAUGCCAAUCCCUUAUCCAUUUUGGCCUGCAAAUGCUGCCUCUCUUGAAGUGAAGAGGGAAGAGACAUCAAAUCAUGAGGUCCUAAAGCCAGUGCCAACCUUUCCCAAGCAGCCUGUCAAUGUAAAUGAACUAGUUGGCUUGUCUCACCUCAGUAUAGCAGAGACUGAGAGAGAGCCUUCGCCACUCUCACUGAAAUUAAUAGGUGAGCCAACGAGGCAGUCGGCCUUUCAUGCUAAUGCUUCGGCAGUGGGUUAAGAGUUAAAGCCAGGGCAAACGUAUCCUAUGCAAACAGUUUGAAAUGGAGAAAAGAAGCUGAAUUUUAGGACUUGAUUAUUUUAUCCCCCCUCUCCCCCUGUAAAAUCUUAGCUUUUUUAUUUUUCAAUUCCUUAUAGCAUAGGGUGAAAUGAUAUUGGUUUGAGAUAUUUAUUCUUUCAAAAGCUGUAAUCAGCUAGAAAUACAAAUAAUUAAACUGGGCAUAACGCUAUCUUGCCAUCAUAGUUUUUCAGUCCUUGGAAUUCUUGUAUUGAAGCAAUGCCAGUGAACGUUCCUUUCGAUGUAAUAGAAUAAUCAGAUUUAUUCAGAUGAAUUUUGUAUUUUUUUUUUCUAAA